AUGUGGCAAUUUGACUUGCGGUCGAGAGUACUCGAGAGGCGUUUUGGUGAGGGCUGCCCCCCAGGGGGGACCAGUAAUGGAAGUGCGAUGUGCCGCAGCGCGCACGUAGCAGAGACCAUCGUGGAGCGGACGCUACACUCUCUUGUGGUUCAAAUACCUCGCUACAAAGUCAUGGCAGUGCAUGUUGACAAGGGCAACAAAGGCUCCAAUCAUGAUGUGUUGUUAUCCUAUUCGGUCGUUGAGGUCACGUCCCGAACUGAUUCGAUCGAGUCACAGGCCUCGCUGGUCUGUUCGUCUCGCGACAAUACUUGCUAA